AGCAUAAAAAAAUGGCUCUCAAAUCUCCCCAAAUUCCCAUCCUCUUCUUCGUCUCCGCCCUAACCUUCGUCGCCGGCGAUCUUCCGGUCAUUCCACCCACCACCUCCGUCGACAACUCGACGGCAUUCAUCAGAUCGAGCUGCGGCGCCACUCGCUACCCGGAGCUCUGCUUCUCCUCCCUCAUCCACUACGCCGACACCGUCCGCUCCGAUCCCGUCCUCCUCGCCUGGCUCGCCGUCAACAUCACCCUCGGCCGAGUCCGUUCCGUCUCCUCCCACAUCUCCUCUCUCCGGCAGGCAACGACCUCCGGCGAUUCCCGCGAAUUCGCCGCCUUACGAGACUGCGCCGAAACCCUAGCUGACGCGGCACAGCUCGCAAAGAAGUCCGCCUCCGAGAUCGGCCGGCUCGCUAAGGCUGAGACCUCACCGGAGGUCGGAUGGUGGGUCUCCAACGCACAGACGUGGUUGAGCGCCGUGCUCACCAAUGAGGACACGUGUACGGACGGAUUUUCACCGGUCGGAGCCAGUACUCUGAAGGCCGAUGUCUGCCGGCGAGUUGGGUCGGCGAAGAAGUACACCAGCAACGCACUCGCUCUUGUCAACAAACUCGUUUCCAGCCGUUGAUCUCGCGUCAUCCUCACCGUUGGAUCCCCAGGUCUCAUGAAACCUAUCAGAAUGUGGGGGCAGUGCAUGCCAGUAAUAAAUUCAUGUGGAGUAAUUUUUUUUUUUUUUAUCAAUGUUAUUUAUUUGAAAUAAAAAGUGGUUUAUUCCCUCUGUAAUAAACCUUUUAGUUUG